CGAGUUUGGGAACCCUAAACAUACCAUGAACAUCGGGUUUUAGACACCACCUUACCGCAGCCAAGUUAGCUAAGUAGCCAAGUGGGACCAAGUCGCGAAGUCUGGCUGGCAAUCAAUGCAUUUGUGGCGGUAGGUUUUGGAUUCGUAGCGAAGGUGUUGGUUACAGUUUAUUGCGCUCGUUACUGACGAGGAGUCGCUAUGUGCCUUCCUUCAUUGAUAUUCCUUGCACUAGGAGCAGUGUCAGCGUUGUUUUCGUUUGUAUGGUUGGCCAUAUUGCCUGUGUGCGGCGUCGCCUUCGGAACGCAAGCGUUUUCGUCACUGUCCAUUGCAGUAACAGCAUCCCUGGUUGCAGGGAAACUGAUUCCACGCAUAAUUAAACAAUGCAUUCCUUUCCUGGAGCUCAUGGUUACAAUGUCUGCACUGGUCUUUCCACUUGUGUACAUUCCACCUUGGGCCUGUCAAAUGAACCUCACUCUCCUGGCUUUUCUCGAUCCUUUCUUCGUCAUUUUGGAAGUGUUCCAAAUGCUCAGCUUGGUUCACUGGUGCAAUGUGAGGGCACAAACAGGCAUUGACAAUGAGCCAGUGAUUUGGAAGGCAAUAGUGCUGUCUCUUGCUGUAGCCAGCUGGGUUUCUUCUCUUUUCUUGCUGCUGAAUAUUUUUGAAGGAUCGGACACAAGACUUGUGGCAGCAGUCCUUGUACUUAAUGUUCUAGCUCAUGUUGCCUGUGUUUAUGUGGACUCAGGUAUCAUAAGUGAUGCGGCAUUGGUGCUUUUAAUGUCCCUGUUAAUAAUGAGACUGGGCCCCUACGAGACAAAGAUUCAUGAAACCCUCUGCACAGUUGCGCAAUCAAACCACCCAGAGCCAUGGAGUGGAACGCUUCUGGGGAUGAUUUCUGGCCUGCCGAGCAUGACUGCUGAGAUGAUUGCAGUGCCUUUCGGAGUGAGCACGAAAGUGCGCCGAGACCCCGAGCAGCGAUCGUAA